AUGAGGAUAGUUUUAAGUCCAAUUGAAUGGCGUGAAAAAUUAAUUUUAUUUUCGCAGGAAGAAUUUAAUUUACCUGACAAAGUAAAUCCAGAUGAUCAUCUAAAAUCGACAGAUGCAAAUGAUUCUAAAGGCACCUUUAAAGAGAGAACUGAAAAAUUUGAAGAAAAAUUAACAACACAAUACGAUAGGCGAAUGAUUCAUAUGCGUCAACUAUUUGCAGGUCUACCACGAUUUGAAAAAAUAUGCGAAAAUCAACUUAACAAUUUUGUUGAUUCAUGCUGUAAAGAAUAUGUGUUUGAAUAUGAAGAUGAAGAUGAAGAUGAAGAUAAAGAUAAAGACGAAUGUGAAUAUGAAUAUGAAUAUGAAGAUGAAUAUAAAUAUGAAAAUAUCAAUGAAUCACAUGAAAAAGUAAUUGAUCUCAAAUACAUAAUAAAUCUCUGUGGAUAUAUUUUGACAGACCUAGAUAUCGAAGAUUAUCCUUUUUCUGAAAUAAUGCCAUUGAUAAAUAAUAAUUGUCCAAAUCUUGAGGCACUUAAGUUGGCUUUCAAAGAAAUUAAAAGCCAAGAUUUUAACAAUGUUUUUUCUAAUAUGUCUCAUCUUAAUGCGCUGGUUAUUAUAUGGCGAUGUGAAUAUUCAACUCUACCAAUAAGCUUGGUCGAGUCAUUGGAACAUGUUGGUGCAACCCUGGAAUUAUUUCUCCUUAAAUGUUAUUCAAAAAAAAAUUCUUUCUGCUUACCACAUUCACUGGCUUCGGUUUUUCGUGGAUUUGUCGUUUUAAAAAAAUUAUGUAUGGUUGGUUUCGAAAUAACCCAACCAAUACUCGAGUCAAUAGGUCAAAUGCCAAAUUUGGUUACUCUAACAUUCGUGUUUUAUUGGAAGGAGCAUCAAAUGCUUCGGAAUAAAAUCAACAUGUAUCCAAUUGGGAAUUUGAAAAACCUCGAACAUCUUGAUAUUAAUUUUGAUUAUGGUGUUACAGAUGAAUUUUUGAUAAAUCUUUGUAAUAAUGCUAAAAAAUUAAAUUUUUUAUCUAUAGCUACUACACAUAUAACAGAUAAUGGUAUAAAGGCACUUAAUAAUUUCAAAGUACCAGUUCUGUUUCUUGAUAAACCAUAUAAAAAAUGA